UUUCCAACUAUACGGGUGUCCAGAAGUUGUUUUUUUCCCUUCUCACACCCAGUGUAGUUGGAGGAUCUUGUGAAACAGCUUCUCGCGGUGUCCUAUCGCUUUAUUGAACUGAUGAGUAGGCCUACCAAAGAAACAUCUCACAGCUACAUAGUUCUCAUCGGGCGUGUGUAUGAAUGACUUGACGAGAAGCUCUGAAUACGGCGUGACAACCUGUUGACCGGAGGCAAAAUGCUGCCAGGUACAUUCCUUACUGGACCUUUGCGUACCAUCUUGGUGGGGAUCCUUGGUAUAGGAGGAUUUCUGACGCUGUUUGUAAUGUACUAUCAAUCAGCUCCAUCUCCGAUCUGCCCUCCCCAACCUGCUUUGCCACGUCAUUACUCAAAGCCAUCUGAGAACAGCUCCUUGUCUAAGAAGCAGCCAGACAAGCCCAUCAUGCUGUUGUGGUUCUGGCCUGAAAACCGCAGGUUUGAUUUUAGCGAUUGCACCACUUUCUUCAACAUUGAUGGCUGCCAACUGACAGAUGACCAGUCUCUGUACAACAAGGCAGACGGGGUGCUCAUCUUUCACAAAUCCAUCAAACAUGAUUUAUCCAACUUGCCUCCAUCACCUCGACCACCAUUCCAGAAGUGGAUCUGGUAUCAUGUGGAAUCACCUACAAACACAAUUAGAAUACCUGGUCUAGAGAACCUUUUCAACUUGACCUUGAGUUAUAGGGAAGAUGCAGACAUCCCUGUACGUUGGCGCUUAACUGCAAGGAAAGGUCAGGGUGAGGACUUUGUGCUGCCCAAGAAGGAUAAAUUAGUUUGCUGGAUUGUGAGUAACAAUAACCCUGCAACUGGAACAGCAGUAAGGGAUAACUAUUACAGAGAACUUGUCAAACAUAUUAAGGUGGAUGUCUAUGGAAAAGCCUUUGCUAGAUUUUUGAGAUAUGAGGACUACUUCUCAACACUCUCCAGCUGUAAGUUCUACCUCUCCUUUGAGAACUCAGUCCACAGAGACUACAUCACUGAGAAGCUUAACGGACCACUUGCAGCAGGAACAGUGCCAGUAGUAUUGGGCCCACCGAGACAGAACUAUGAGGACUUUGUCCCGGGAGAUUCCUUCAUCCAUGUUAAUGACUUUCCCAAUGCAAAAGCCCUGGCUGAAUUCCUCCUGAAGUUGGACAAGGAUGAUGAGGCAUAUCUGCACUACUUUCAGUGGCGUAGAAACUUAUUUGCUCAGCAACAUCUAAUUCAACUGAGUCAAGAGUUCAUCCAAGCUAUUUGUUAUGCCUGUGACCAUGUAGGAAAACAUAAGGAGUACAGGGUUGUGCACAAUAUUUACAAAUGGUAUUUUGGUUAAUCAGACUUACACCCUCUUCUGUGUACAGUGGGGCAAAAAAGUAUUGUCAGCCACCAAUUGUGCAGGUUCUCCCACUUAAAAAGAUGAGGCCUGUAAUUUUCAUCAUAGGUACACUUCAACUAUGACAGACAAAAUGCAAGAAAAAAAAUCCAGAAAAUCACAUUGUAGGAUUUUUAUAUGAAUUUAUUUGCAAAUUAUUGUGGAAAAUAUGUAUUUGGUCAAUAACAAAAGUUUCUCAAUACUUUAUAUACCUUUUGUUGGCAAUGACAGAGGUCAAAUGUUUUCUAUAAGUCUUCACAAGGUUUUCACACACUGUUGCUGGUAUUUUGGCCCAUUCCUCCAUGCAGAUCUCCUCUAGAGCAGUGAUGUUUUGGGGCUGUUGCUGGGCAAUACGGACUUUCAACUCCCUCCAAAGAUUUUCUAAAGGGUUUAGAUCUGGAGACUGGCUUGGCCACUCCAGGACCUUGAAAUGCUUCUUACGAAGCCACUCCUUCGUUGCCCGGGCGGUGUGUUUGGGCUCAUUGUCAUGCUGAAAGACCCAGCCAUGUUUCAUCUUCAAUGCCCUUGCUGAUGGAAGGAGGUUUUCACUCAAAAUCUCACGAUACAUGGCCCCAUUCAUUCUUUCCUUUACACGGAUCACUCGUCCUGGUCCCUUUGCAGAAAAACAGCCCCAAAGCAUGAUGUUUCCACCCCCAUGUUUCACAGUAGGUGUGGUGUUCUUUGGAUGCAACUCAGCAUUCUUUGUCCUCCAAACACGACGAGUUGAGUUUUUACCAAAAAGUUAUAUUUUGGUUUCAUCUGACCAUAUGACAUUCUCCCAAUCUUCUUCUGGAUCAUCCAAAUGCUCUCUAGCAAACUUUCGAUGGGCCUGGACAUGUACUGGCUUAAGCAGGGGGACACGUCUGGCACUGCAGGAUUUGAGUCCCUGGCGGCAUAGUGUGUUACUGAUGGUAGGCUUUGUUACUUUGGUCCCAGCUCUCUGCAGGUCAUUCACUAGGUCCCUCUGUGUGGUUCUGGGAUUUUUGCUCACCGUUCUUGUGAUCAUUUUGACCCCACGGGGUGAGAUCUUGCCGUGGAGCCCCAGAUCGAGUGAGAUUAUCAGUGGUCUUGUAUGUCUUCCAUUUCCUAAUAAUUGUUCCCACAGUUGAUUUCUUCAAACCAAGCUGCUUACCUAUUGCAGAUUCAGUCUUCCCAGCCUGGUGCAGGUCUACAAUUUUGUUUCUGGUGUCCUUUGACAGCUCUUUGGUCUUGGCCAUAGUGGAGUUUGGAGUGUGACUGUUUGAGGUUGUGGACAGGUGUCUUUUAUACUGAUAACAAGUUCAAACAGGUGCCAUUAAUACAGGUAACGAGUGGAGGACAGAGGAGCCUCUUAAAGAAGAAGUUACAGGUCUGUGAGAGCCAGAAAUCUUGCUUCUUUGUAGGUGACCAAAUACUUAUUUUCCACCAUAAUUUGCAAAAAAAUUCAUUAAAAUCCUACAAUGUGAUUUUCUGGAUUUAAGUGUACCUAUGAUGAAAAUUACGGGCCUCAUCUUUUUAAGUGGGAGAACUUGCACAAUUGGUGGCUGACUAAAUACUUUUUUGCCCCACUGUAUGUCUAUUACCACCAUAUUAUCCUGUCAAUGUACCAUGUUCCAGGGUGGAAUUUGGUCACACCCAGCAACCCACCAUAGCAAUGUUCUCACAGUGCCUUUAUGACCUAUUACCUGUGUACACACUACCUGUAGGAGAAGUGUACCUGGAUGUCGACCUGUUCUUGCUAGGUUUUUAAGUGCCCGUUGUAAAAAUGACACCCGGAACCAUUCACAAUCUUAUGCAACAACAACCUCUGCGUUCUUUCCUGUUUGAAAUACUACUUGAUUGUUUUAUAUCUUUUACAUGUUUUUUAAGCUGAAAUAAUUAUGUAAAAAAGUGAUUAAUGUAAUGAAUUGUCCAUGAAAUGAGACAGUUACACAUCAUAGAGACUUGAAACUGAGUGUGGCUUGAAGAGCAGCUGCAGUGUACUGUAAAACAUCCUAUAAAUGCUAAGCCUCUUUUUCUACGUUGUGAAGUUUGGUACCACUGGAGGGAAAUGGUGUUUGUGUUAAAUGUAAUAUAUUACAUUUAACACAAUCAUUUAUUUGAACUAAGUAAGUCAGUUAAGAACAAAUUCUUAUUUAAAAUGACGGCCUACCGGGGAACAGUGUGUAACCUAUCGGUUACUGAAGGUGUUAUCUCAAUGUCUUAUUUCUGGUUAACAAUUGACCUUUUACAGCAGUAGGUGAAAUCAGGAUCAAAGAGUGAUUCUUGGUAGUCUUAAACAAAUCUACUUUGAAACAGAAGUAUACACCUCACACAUGGUUAUGGGCUUUAAAAUAAAAAGACACCUGUGCCAUGUCAGACAUGCAUAAUAGAAGACUGACAUAUAACGGGGCGGCAGGGUAGCCUAGUGGUUAGAGCGUUGGACUAGUAACCGGAAGGUUGCAAGUUCAAACCCCCGAGCUGACAAGGUACAUCUGUCGUUCUGCCCCUGAACAGGCAGUUAACCCACUGUUCCUAGGCCGUCAUUGAAAAUAUGAAUCUGUUCUUAACUGACUUGCCUAGUUAAAUAAAGGUAAAAAUUUAAAAAAAUAACAAAACUGUUUGACAAAGCCACACUGGAUUUUAUGUGUAAAAGGAAAGAAAAAAAAGUUUAAGAAAAAUAUGAAUAACAUGCCACCCAUGAGGGCAAUUUGUUCAUUUGACUGCAGGAAAGGCCUUGCUGUGAUUUUGUUUCUAUUUGAAUGUUUUCAUAAAACAAUAAACGGCAUCUUCGCAAAGAGCAGUGAUGUAAAGUACUUAAGUAGAAAUACUUUAAAGAACUAGUUAAAUAGUUUUGGGCGUAUCUGUACUUUACUAUUUAUAUUUUUGACUACUUUUACUUCACUACAUUCCUAAAGAAAAUAAUUUACUUUUUUUCCUUUAACUCAAAAGUACUCGUUGCAUUUUGAAUGGCUAGCAUGACAGCUGGUCCAGUUCACGCAAUUAUCAAGAGAACAUCCCUGGUCAUCCCUAUUGCCUUAUGAUCUAGCGAACUAACUAAACACAGGCUUAGUUUGUAAAUGAUGUCUGUGUUGGAGUGUGCCCCUGGUUAUUUGUAAAUAAAUGGUGAAUUAAAGAAAA